GACGACGCUGUGCGGUGAGGCGUGGACGGACGAUACUCUGUGGUGAGGCGAGGGGUACCAGGAGACCAGCGUCCAACAGCCGGAAAUGGAGCCACCUCCAAACCGUGCCAUAGCCGAGGUGGGGUCGCCGUCUGAACUGAGGCCCGAGUUCCUCUCUCAGCCUGGUGUGUUCAGCGUGAGGGAAGGAGAUGCUGUGGUGUUACCCUGCAGCGUUCGGCACGUAGGGAAGUACCCGGUGGUGUGGCAGCAGGGGAAGCGGGUACUGGCGGCCCGCAGCAUCAUCAUAGAGAGCGACCAGCGGCUCAGUUUGGUGGACGGUCACAACCUGAGGAUAGACGGCGUCACGCUGGCCGACGCCGCCCAGUACUCGUGUUUGGUGUCGUCCAAACCGCUGAUCGAGCUGACACAUACGGUGGAUGUGCUGUACUCACCAAAGGUGACCACCGUACCCGAAUCGGGUCAGCUGAUCACCGACCAGGGGAGCAACGUUACCCUGGAGUGUACUGCAGAGGGAAACCCUCAGCCAGCGAUCACGUGGAGGAAACAGCAUGGCACACUGCCCUCUGGCGACCUGGAGCGACCCGGCCGGAAGUUACACAUCUCACGCAUCGUCCGGGAGAUGGCCGGCGUCUACGAAUGUGUAGCCGACAACGGUCUCGGCUCGCCCGGGGUCGGCUCUGUCAGUCUGCAAGUGCAAUACCCACCGGAGAUCGAGGUGGAAAGGAGCACCAUCUACACCGGCGAGGGGAUGGAGGUGAAGCUGGUCUGUACCGUCAUCGCCAUCCCUCCGGCCACGCUGUUGGUGCCGGAUGAGGUGUCUUGGGAGCGUCAGGGCUCGCCAUUUGACCCCGAUCGCCACUUUACACCGGGGAACGACGUCGGUGGCACGCGGCACACCCUCACCAUUCAGAAUGUGCGCUCCGAGGACUUUGGAAAAUACUCGUGUCACGCCAAAAAUCUGCUGGGGGCUGCCCACGGCAAUAUGGAUGUGACAGGCGUGGCCGACCGGGCUGUUAUCACCAGUGGACCCAUCAGUACGGCUCCCGAACAGUACGAGCUCAGCUGGAAGGUGGAGAGUUUCAGCCCCGUGCUGGAGUAUAAGGUGGCCUACAGACCCGUGCGGGCGAACGGCAGCGGCCUGGAGCUGGUGUCGCGCCGCUGGAGAGAGGUCAAGGUGCCGUCGACUGGCAGCCGCACCGGUACCGGGGUGCUCUACCGACAGCAGAUCCCGCUCUCCAAGCUGCAGCCGACCACCGCCUACGAGCUCUACGUGCAGGCCAAGAACAAGCACGGCUGGAACGCCGUGUCUGAUACGCUGCAUUUUUCCACAAUCGCCAGCGGCGAGGCUCUGGAGUCGCGAAGUUUGUCGUCGUCAGCGGCGGGCGGCUGGAGGUCCGAGGCCGUAUUGGCUGCCCUCCUGGCCUCUGUGCUCACACUCUGCUAGUGACACGACCUCCCUGUGGUGUCCUGCGCCGCCUGUGCGCCGCCGGACGCGCUAGACAUAGCCAGGACUACGGCUGGGAUCGUUAGCCCGCGCCGGAAGGACGGACAGUCGGCUGCAGCCAUCAAACGCUGCACAUUCCGCGGCCCGCGGACGGGCCGGAUCUCAGUGGGGGGCGCGGGCCGGCCGGCCGGUGCUCGUAAAGACAGGUCGCCAUGUCGUCGGGACUCGCCGAUGCCGACGAACGACUGUUAUGUGGCGCCGAUGGCUCGACGGUCGACGAGUGGCGAGCGCGAGCUCAAGUGGUUGUGGAGGGAACGCUCAAUAUCGGCGUCCUGCGCCGCCGCGUCUCGGUGAGUGGUGUCGAAGGCGCAACUGUCCGUGUUAAAUCAAGUGUCGGUCGUGAUGACCCUGUUCUCUUUUCACAGCUCGUGAACUUCAACUUGAUGGUGCCUUGUUCGUGCGGUGGUGACGUGAAUGACAUGGGCUCGUGUGACCGUGAUGAUCGAUGAUCGUUCAAAGUGUGGUAUUUUUAAUUGUCGCACCAUGGCUCCGGUCCCCGGCGUGGCGGGGCGGCAGCGGUCGCGCUGUCAGCAUCGGUGUCAUGUCAUCGGCCCGCUCUGUGUUGCGCCGCCACGAUCUGGAUGCUGUGAGGGGAUGUCGCGGCUUUUGUCAGCUGUUCUUAUCUGCAUGGAUGGAUCGUUGUGUCGCUGUGCGAGCCGGUCGUCGCUCACGAGUUGGCAGCCGGCUCCGUUCUCCGCAGUAUUUAUCUGUAUGAGGAGGUCUGAGAGCCUCCGUCUGAACGGAGGGGAUUGUCGUUUCCAAUAAACCGGGUGCACAUGAACUGGA